AUGGAUUUGGCUGCAUGGGAGAGGAAAACAUCAGCUUUGGACGGACACGCGUAUGAAACAGACCGUGAUCAAGAAGAUGAAGACUACUACGAACACACUGGUGAACACAUUUCUACGGCCGAUUACGAAGAACUCCUAUUCCGGCGCGUACUAGACAAGAUUCGAGUAUCCAGAGCGGCAGGCGAUUCAGAUGUUCAGUUGAGUCCUGCAGAACUUGAAGCAUAUCAAUCGAAACUGUAUGGUGCAAAGGCGCCUGCAGUGCGCCCACGACCAGAGCCUAGGCCAAUCAGUUCUCCAGUUUUGAACGACACUGCAAGCAUUGCGAGCGCCGACACAAUCACCAGCAAACCAGACAAUUUCGCCUCUAGCAAUUCGCGACCCAAAAAGAGCCAUCAUCGUCCAUCAAUGUCUGGAUCUAGGUCACAGAAAGACAAAGGGAAAGAGCGAGAGAAAGAGAAACACAGCAGUCGAAAACGCACAACUCCAACUUUGUCAAGCGCCACAAGUCCCGCGCCACUGCCUGCACGGUUUACACCUCCUUCCCCGCCUCCACCACCUGGCUUUCUCGUCCCAGGCCCCGACGGGCAGCCAAUGUACGCACCCAUCAACGCGUACCCAAGCAGACGAGCUCGUGACCCCGAACCUCCGAAGCGAUCGCCUCGCCCCGCUCCACCCACCAGCUACCAGGCCCCCCGCAACGCUCCUCCGAGCAUCGCCCCACCAAACGACAUCCCAGGAGCGUUCCCAGGAGCGUUCCCAGUAGCCCCACAUCAGCACCAGCCCCCACCUCCCCGACAAGAACGCACAAUGCCACCAUCCCGCCCGCACGCACUCGACCACGAAAUCCCUCCCCGUCCGUCCUCCCAGCAUUCAGUCAAACUUGUCCCCUUCCCAGUCGAACAAUACCAAUACCACACUUUCGACCUGCCUGCUUCAAAUACCUCCUCUCCGCCGCUUCCGUAUACAAGGAGUAUCGCCUCGGGGUCGGACGUCGGCAGCUACACGGCUAUGCCGCGUCGUGUUCCCGCGCCGGUGUCAGCAUCAGUACCGGCAAUGCCUCCGUACGCGGUAUCUGUACCGGCUGUACAGACUGGCUACGCUGAUCCGGUGUAUACGACCAGGGCGUCUAGUUCGGGGGCUGCGGUUGCUGAUGUGGAUUAUGCGAGUGGAGGGGUACUGGGUGAUGGUAGCGCGCAAGCGGCGUCUGCUAGACUUGGUACGAAGGAAGGGUCGAGUGGGAGGCACGGCGAGAGGAAACGGAAAAGCGGGAAGAAGGGUUGA